AUUUCCGAUAGUACAGGAAGGUAGCACAACAAGCGACUGCAGGAACUGUUACGGCCUGACACUUUAGCCUUAGCUCAAAGCACGUACCAGCGGCUGUGUCGUUCAAAGAAAUUUCAUCUCACAAUGUCGUCCGUCGGUCCAGAAGGCUCUGGCGCAGCGUCAAGCAACAAGCGCUUGCAGCAGACCCAGGCCCAGGUGGAUGAGGUGGUGGAUAUUAUGCGCGUAAAUGUGGACAAAGUGCUGGAACGUGACCAGAAGCUGUCUGAACUGGAUGACAGAGCAGACGCGCUACAGGCUGGAGCCUCCCAGUUUGAGACCAGUGCCGCUAAGCUGAAAAGGAAGUACUGGUGGAAGAACUGCAAGAUGUGGGCCAUCCUGAUAGCUGUCAUAUUGAUCAUCAUCAUCAUCAUUGUUAUUUGGAGUCAAUCGUAAAAUAGCAACAGGAGAAGGAGGAGUGGAGAAAACAAUGAAGAAGAGGAGAGGAUCAGUGUGCAUAAUAAAUGUCUCAGAGGAAGAGGUCACAUGAUCACUGGCUACUGAGCUCCACAACAUUUUUCCCCUCCUGCAGGGGGUCUUCAUUCCUUGUCCUGGAUUGCCCUUUGUGUGUGUGUGUGUGUGUGUGUGUGUGUGUGUGUGUGUGUGUGUGUGUGUGUGUGUGUGUGUGUGUGUGUGUGUGUGUGUGUGUGUGUGUUUGCACAUGUGCCUGGGAAAAGGAUGGUCAUAAUACCAGAGUUUUACCCUUGCAUUACUACACCAUACCAGACAUCAGUAAACUUUUAUGAGAGUGCCAUGCCACAUGCCAAAGAGAAACAGGCUGAUAAUUAAACUCAAACCCAACCAAAACCCAUAAGAUAAUUAUAAAUUAUUCACCUUUGACCGUAUGACAAAGCAUACUCACACACAUCUAUUCCAACCUCAGGACUAGAAGUGAAGAAUAUUGUUGUAAACUCUCCUCAACUUAUAUUUACUUUUUUAUGUUUUACUGUAUUAAUAGCCAUUGAUUUUGUGUGCCAGGUUAAGAUAAGUGCCUUUGACAAUAUGCUGUUCUGUGUUAGUUUAGAUUGUAGCAGUAAUCCUGCUUAUCACGGAAGAAAUACCCUUUUCAAACUCACACAUUUCUACUUUUCAUUGAAAUGCAAAUAUUUUUUAUUUUUUCCCCUCAUUUAAAAAAAAAAUUGGUUUGUUGCUUUGCAAAUUACAGUUACAGUUAUGGGUGAAUAGUGGGAUUCAAUGCCGUAUUUUAUUUAUGCACAUGGUUGGAAGCUUAUUGAAUUCUCUGUGUAUAUAUUUUUUUUCGGUCACCCAGUAACGCACUGUUGAACCAUCUGAUAAUACCUGUCCUUGUCCAUCCCCCAUUGAGGUAGGAUUUGGUGUACAGUAUAAACUAGUAUGAACUUGCAUUUAGAUAAGUGCCUGUAUGCUAGAACCAACAACCUCACAGCCUGACAGAGAAACUGCGGCAGAGUGUAUAGAAAAAAAAAAAGGAAAAGAACAAAAACAAAAAACACAAACAGAAGUGCUACACUGGGUCUAAGAAGUGGGGAUCGUCUUAAUCAGGUGCUCUCCAGGAUGUGCCAGAAUUUUUUCUUCUAUGAAAUACUAAAUAUUCAAGCACAACAAAGUAAGAACAUUUAGUUUUAAACAGAUGCCUUAAUCAGUUUCUCCAAUGGAGAACAGCCAACAAUACAGCCAUACCUUAAUAACCAUAUUUACCAGCCAGUUAAAGAAUAGUAUCUUCUGAAUGUUCUUUCCUAACAAAUUGUGUGCUGCUUGCAUCAAUCAGCUUAACCUUUAACAAGUCUUCUCUUUAGUCACACUGGCAUUUAUCUCAUCUGAUCAAUGCGAAAUACUCCUCGUGUGAUAUUUUAGUUUUAUUAUCCUUCUAACCAUAGCUUUUUUUUUGUGCAAUUUAUUGUAUGUAGAACUAAUCUUGAAUGCGCAGCUUACUGCUGCUGAGCAUCAUGGGUGUUUGAGUGUGGAAAAAAAAAAAAAACAUUGUUGGGCACUACCAGUGCUGGAUGAUUGCUUUCCCUGCUGUUGCUUCCAUCUUAUUAAAA